GUCGCUUCUCAUCGUCGGUAUAUCCCCGCCGCCGCUUCGGGAUAUCGAUGGACAAUCAAAAGGCAGCUCCCACCAUGGAGCUUGAACACGCCAUCGGGUUUUCAGGGAUCUCGGCUGGGUUGCAUUACCAUCCGAAUGGUCAAGAUUACGUGUACCCUGCGGGAGGUUGCAUCGUGAUUGCGUCCUUGAGCGACCCGCACAACCAAGUGUUUCUCCGUGGCCACGAUGCCAACAUCACGUGCCUGUCCAUGUCGCCCACAGGAAGAUACCUCGCUUCGGGUCAAGCAGGAUCGAACGCGGACAUUUUGGUCUGGGACUACUCGUCGCGUCAAUUGCUAUUUCGCCUGUCCGAGCACGACUUUGGUAUCAACGCUGUGGCAUUUUCCCACGACGAAAAGCUCCUCGUGAGUGUCGGCAGCGAGCGCGACGCCCGCAUCUUCGUUUGGGACAUGGCGUCCGGCAACAUCGUCACGACCCAGCAAAAGCUCCAGGCGACGGUGCUUGCCGUGUGCUGGGGCGGGUUUCACCGCGACGUGAAGCGACGGGACACGACGUCGUACCUUUUCGCGACGGGGGGUACCCGCAUGCUCCAGUUCUGGGUGCUCAACCCUGCGUCGGGGGAGCUCGUGGCGAGCAAAGUCGAGUUCGGCGCGCCCGUCGUCCGCGACUACACGUGCGUGCAAUUCACCCCCGACCGCGAAACCAUGGUGGCCGGCACCACAAGCGGCGACUUUGCAGUCGUGCACGUCAAGACCCGGCGGUUCCUCCAAAGCAUCAUGGCAUGUACAUGUGGUGUGCUGUCGCUGUGUACGUUCGACGCGGGGGUACUCGUCGGCGGUGGCGACGGCAGCUUGUUAUUUUUCAAUUCCGAGUUUGUCGACUCGGCCAAGCAGGCGCUCGUGGGGCCUAUCGCUGGGCUCAGUCCGUUGGUUGGGUCGUCGGCUUCGUCAGGGGCGCUGCAAGUGAUGGCGGGUACGCAGAGCGGAUUCAUCUACCACGUGACUGUGCACCCAUCGUCCAUGUCUUCGCGGCUGAUUUGCGAAAACCAUUCGAACGGCGUGCUGUCGGUCGCAUUUGCCGCGCAGCACUCGGACCGGUUCGCGACCAUCUCCAAGGACUGCACGAUUCGGAUAUGGGACGGCUCCGACUACUCAGUCGUCGUGCGCAUGGCGGUGCAGAACGCUGGCAUGCCCACAUGUUUGGCGUUUUCGCUUGACAUUGUACUCUCAGGGUGGCAAGAUGGUUGUUUGCGUUGUCACAGCUCGGACACUGGCCACCAAUUGUGGGUCAUCGACAACGCCCACACUGGAGGUGUCACGGCACUUGUGCUAAGUAAUAACCAGCGGUUCAUUGUCACGGGCGGGAUGGGCGGCGACGUGCGUGUAUGGGACAUACGGAAGCGCGACAUGGUAUCUCAUUUGAAGGAGCAUUCGAUGGCCAUCACGGGCCUCGCGCUGUUUGAAGACGACGUGCACUUGGUCAGCUGCAGUCGAGACAAGUCGUUUCUGUGCUGGGAACUGCGCACCGAGCGCCGAAUCGCUUCGCAUAUUCAACGCAUGGGCGGGUUGAAUGCGAUAGCGUUGUCGCGUAACCAAAGUAUUGUGCUCACGGUGGGCCAAGAAAAACGCAUUUCGUACUGGGAUUUGCGUAUUGAAGCCCCUGUGAACGUUGUGACCAAGGCGCACGCAGACGAAGCCACGUGCUUGGCCGUGGCGCACACGAUGCCGUACUUUGCGACGGGCGGCACGGACCAGCUGAUCAAAUUGUGGUCGUUUGAUACUGGACUGUUGAUCAUGGACGGGAUUGGACACUCGGGAUCCGUGCGAGCUCUGGAAUUUAGCCCGGACGACCGCCAACUCGUGUCGGUGGGCGACGAAGGCAGCAUUUUCGUGUGGAAUUUGUUCUCCGACUAACUCGGAAUAAUGCUUGCAGUUGGUUGUUCCCAUGCUGAUUUG